AUGGAGUUUUGCUGGUUUGCAAUCUGUACCGUACUGGCGUUCACACCAUGGAUAUCAGCAGAAGAAAAGCUGUUGUAUCAAACACGAAAUGAAAAUAAUUGGGGAGGCUGGACUGCUACCACUAAUGGAAUUUCUUCGUUGAAUGUAAUUAAACUAGUUUUUCUGUUGUUUUGCUUAGUAUCCAGAUUAUAAGCAUCUCAUUUUGUCAAAGAGCAGCUUUCUUAUGGUGGUCAUGAAGGAUGCAUCAUAGUAACCCUCCCUCACUCUCAAAGAACACCCCCGUAAGUCGGGCAUCUCUCUUAUUGUACAACGGUCUCUUGAGUCAUGUUUUCAGCCCGAAUGCCCGUGCUAUUUUACACUCAUUUGUUUUUUGAACUUCUAAUUUGCAUGUGCUGGGCACCAUACUGCUUUUGCUUAUCAGUAAGCGAUUGGCUUUUCGUACCUUAGUGUUACAGUAUAAUUUUUGUUUUCAUUUGCUGACUAAAAAGUUCGUCUCUUUCUUUGUUUAUUUUUAGUGGAAUUACGUUCCUGUGUCCAAUCAUUAUACAUUGUGUAGUUCGUUUCUCCAAGAACCGAAAAAUUGGUUACGAAGUACACUUAUUGAUGUUCACAGCAUUGACAGAGUGAGCGUUUCCGUCAGAUACACGCUAAAUCCCUUUUGUUCCAGUCAUCCCAACACGUUUUGUACCGACAAUAUUCGAGUCUUUGUAUGGGAAUCCGAAGACAAGGUCACAUCUGAUUUGAUACCAGACCCCCUGAUCAGCAACAGUUCUUACAGAGAAUUUGCUACUAUCCGCCGUCAGGGUAGCGGCCAAACCAUCUCUUUAGCACUUCAGCUAACAAAGGGAUAUAUUGUUCUUGGAUUUCUCGAUCAAGGUGGCUGCAAAAUUUUGUCUUCCGUCAGGAUUACCUAUAACAUUUGUCCCGAAACAACACUCCACAACAGUUUGGUCAAAUUGCGGGAAACAGUAGCUCCAUUAAGUGUCUUUGAGUCCAUCCUAGUGGGAGGAACAUGUACUGUAGACUCCUUCCAUGUUCAAGGAAGUUUGAAUGUUACGUGUCAAAGCAGUGGUCAGUGGAAUGUCAGUCAGUUUGAAGGGAAAUGCGUCUGUAACGAAGACAAGGAAAAUGUUGGAGGGACAUGUACAGGUAUGUCAAGAUAUCGAUAUGGUAAUAACUACCUUUCAGAUUGGUCUUACCUGCUAGUUACGUGUGAUGUCGGGUAGUUAUAGGAUGAUGGUCAUAUGCUAGUCUGCGUCAUAGACGUUAUCUAACUCCGGUUAGUAACGGAGAACCGUUUCGAAUUUCCCUUCAAGCUGAUUGGAGAGGCUAAUUAUGUAUGGCGCGUAUACUCUUUAUCUUUUUAAGGCCUUUGAUACCGUCGAUCAAAAUAUUCUGCUUGACAAACUCGAACACUAUGGUAUACGUGGCGUGGCUCUGGACUGGGUUAGAAGCUACCUCUCCAACAGGUUGCAAUUCGUUCAAUUUAACGGUCAAUGCUCCUCUCCUCAAACUAUCUGCUGUGGUGUCCCCAAGGGAUCCAUUUUGGGCCCCUUGUUUUUCUUGCUCUAUAUUAAUUAUUUAAACAACGUAUCGACGCUCGUCGAGCUGAUUUUAUUCGCUGAUGAUACUAAUUUAUUUAUGUCCCAUAAAGAUCCUGUCUAACUGCCAGCCUCACUCAAUUCCGAACUUAAUAAAUUAUCCACUUGGUUUAAGGCAAACAAACUCUCCUUAAACCUGAAGAAAACAAACUUUAUGUUAUUUAAGCCUAGACAGAAAAGGUAUUAUUUUCCAAUGCAAAUAUUCAUAAAUGAACAGAGAAUCGAACAGGUUAAGGAAACGGUCUUCCUCGAUGUAGUCCUUGAUGAACAUCUGUCUUGGAAACCGCUCAUUUCUCAAGUAACUCGUAAAAUCUCGAAAUCAAUAGGUGUCAUUAAUAGAGCAACAUUUUUUCUACCUAAACCCAGUCUAAAAACUCUUUAUUAUUGUUUAGUUUAUCCUUAUCUUCAUUAUUGUAUUAUUGUCUGGGGAUCUACGUACAAGACCAAUCUUCGCCGUCUUGUCUCUUUGCAAAAGCGAGUUAUCAGAAUUAUUUCUAAAUCAACUUUCGAUUCUCAUUCAGACCCUAUUUUCAAAGAAUUAGAGCUACUAAAACUUUCCAAUAUUAGGCAACUAGAAUUGGGUAAAGUUAUGUUUUCUCUUAACCAUUGUCUUUUGCCUUCAAAGUUCAACAAUUAUUUUUCUUUAAACAAACAAGUCCAUAGCUAUGCCACUAGACACGCGAAUGAUUUUCACUUUUCUUUUUGUAGAACAAACCUUCGUACAUUUUCUGUCAGUUUCCAAGGACCUACUUAUUAUAAAUCUAUAGAAAAUGAUAUUAAAGAAUCUAAUUCUCUCUACUUAUUCAAAACGAAAUUGAAAAAAAAAUUAUAUAUGAAUUAUUAGUUAUAAAUCUUGUAGUAAAUAGUUAUAUUUCUUCACAUGUCUGAUAUUAUUUUUAUACUUAUUUUUACGUGUACCAUACCUUACAUUUUGUCAACUCAGUCUAUGUAAUUAGUUAACUUACACUUACCUUCAUUGUAUUUUACUUUCGAUCCUGCCCUUACUGUUACUGUUAACUUUAUUUUUACUCUGAGGGAGCCCAAUGUCCAUAAGCCUCGUGGUUUCUUUAAUUUUGGGCUUCCUCGCCACUUUCAUUUGCUUUUGUGUAACUGUCUUGUUUUAUCGUUAUUUGUAUUUUGUGGUAAAUCAAAUAAAGUUACAAAGUUACUCAAAUCCUGGUUCCACAGCUGGGGGCCCAGAAAGAGGAUUUCGGCCCUGUUUCUCGGACAUACUUAGCCAAAAGUUUAGUUCCGUCUGUGGAAAGGCGAGGCAUGUGCUAGUUAAUGAAUAUUUUAACCACCAAUCUUCAUGGGUCUCUCAUGGAAAUGUGGGCAUGCCUCCAAAAUUGAAGCUUUGCGCUGUUAAAUUUAAGGCGGUCCUGGCUUGGACUGUUUAGUGGACAGGAAAAUCGUAGGCGAAAAAAGUAAUGGCUCAGUCUCUUCCAAGCGUGCCCAUCCCCCCGGGUAUUUGUCGGGCAUUUGUCAUCUUGUCGGUCCCGGUGGUGGGGAUUUGUCAGAAAACCUCGUCGUUCCUUUUUCAACAUUUCACUAAAAAAAAUAUAACUGUUUAGAUAGCUUUAUAAGGAAUAUUUUAAACACCUAUUCUUUAAAACGAUAUGCGUGCAUUUCGUUCCAUCACUGCCCUAGCACACAGUCAUGCAUUUGCACAGUAUUUUUAAGCCCCACAGUGGGGUUUUCGUAAAUGUAUGAGCGCACGGGCCACCGUGGGGCAUUUGCAGCUUUUUCAAAACAAAAUGAUAGAUGCCCGACAAAUGCUUGGAUGGAAUUGGAGCGGGGGGGGGGGGGGGGGGGGUUGGCAAGGAUGAGGGGGAGGUAUUGAAGGGGAGGUAUGGGCACGCCCAAGCCAAUCAAUCAAUCAAUCAACUUUAUUUAAACACGGUAAAUGGCUCAGCAAGCUGGUUUUCAGACAUGCCGUGUGAUAAUUACAAUUUAUAAAAAUUAAGACUAGUGAUUAACUAACAAUACAAUAUAAAAGCAAGAAAUGAUUAUUAGAAAUAAGGCUAAAUUAGAAUAUGGCGAGUUUAAAGCUAGUAAGAUCCCCCAUCUCACGUGUUUCAUUUGACAGUUGGUUCCAAGCCAUUGCACCCCGAUAAGAAAAUGAACGCUUGAGAAAAUUUGUUUUAGGUAGUGGUAGUUGGAGAUCAUAGUUAGAACCCCUCAAAUUAUAGUCAUGAAUUUCAGAGGUUGUAUGAAACCGCCCCCGAAGGUACGUAGGACAAUCAUUAUUGAAUAUUUUAAACAUCGUAACUAAUAAGUGUCUUUUCCUUCUUUCUUCUUUAAGUCUUUGGCUUUUAAGUCUAUGGCUCUUUUAAAAAAAAGAGGUAUAAGCCGUUAUAAACACUUAUCAAGAACGCAAACUAGAGGGUAAAUCUGUACCCGAGUUUGAAACAAAUUUUACCAAACUGUUUCUAUGUUUUGGAGGCAAGAGUAAAGAGAUUGCCCCGGCGACCGGUUUCUUGCUUUCAACCUCCGCUAAACGAACACUUGACACAUGGUCUUACUAAACAGUGAAGUACAUUGUAAAAAUGGACAAAAGGGAAUUUAUUCUUUGGCUGCCAUAAUUGUCUACACAUCUAUGACUGUGUUUAUUAGUUCGAUCUAUAACUACAGUAUUAACCAUUACCCUUAAGAAGGAUUUAUAUUUCCAGGUUUCAGUUUAAGAAGAUGAGUUUUUGUUCUUCAGACGGUUUAGAAGUCACGUUCACAAGUAACAUUUUUCAACCACAAAUUUAUAAUGCGCGUAAUUAAGUGCACUUCCGUGUAUGAACUGUCACAUAGUAUAGCUAAAUGAUUGUGUCAAUUUAACUACCAGUAAUUUGCAGGGGAAAGUGAACUUUCAUUAUUUCUGUAAAAUGAAUAUACCACUCCAUUCUAGGGUGACUUAAAAAUUCCGCUUUUGCGGUUCGACUCUCGUAACCGACCACCAAGCCUUUGCAUUUUGGGUGGUCGCUUACGGGAGGUUCAACUGUAUGUACAUGAACAUCCUUUUCAAUAGUAAUAACUAUUUUCCCUUUAUUUCAGCUUGUUCACAGGGAACUUACAACGACGCAAAGGGGCUUAACUGUACCGGUGUGUAAUCAGUUAUUUUUCUUUUUUUAUGGGCACUCUUCGUUUUGCUAUGAUUUAUUCUAAUGUGAUUCCGAAAUCUUACUUCUCAUUCAACAUUUACGGCAAUGAUCAAUUGAUUGAUUAAUCAAUCAAUCAAUCAAUCAAUCAAUCAAUCAAUCAAUCAAACAACCAACCAACCAACCAGCCAACUCAGUAACCAACCAAUUAAUCGACCGAUGUGUACACAAUAAUAGUCCGUUAAAAAAGUUAAUCAAUUGACUCACUCAUGUCAAUAGUUUCGUACAAGUAAGAGGCGAAUCCUAAGAAUGAGCAAAAGAUUAGAGUUAUAAAUAAAAUAAGACAUUUUUUAACUUAAUUAUUGGCGGAAUAAAGUCUCUUUAUUGUGUUUUUUUCUUUUCUUUUCUUAUUUAGCCAUCCCAUCGCACCCGAGAAAUGUUGUUACACUUUUUGUUAACCAAACUUCAGCGACGAUAAACUGGAUGCCUCCUAAUAUAACUGGUGACCAAGUAUUCUACGAAGUUAAAUGUCAGCGCACUUGCGAAAUUGAUGGCAAGGACUGUACUGAAGAGAUCUGUGGUGGUGAUAACAAUGCAGGGUUCGUAUUUAUGAACAAAAGUUACGCCACUACAAUGACGAUUCCGGGGACAACAGGUCUGCUUUCCCCGUUUGUGAACUACACUUGCAAGAUCGUGGCCAAGAACAGAGUCAGUGAGGUAGCCGCAAGAAAGCACAAAGUCGAAGCAGGAAGCACCACAAUAACAUUCAAAACAAACGGAUCUGGUAAUUCAAUGGCUUUGUUUAAUUUUGAUAAGACAAAAUCUGUAGGUUAUUAGUAUAACUGUCACGUCUUUUCUUUCACUACUGUUAAUUGGUUGUAAGGAGAAUAAUUAAAUAUCAGAGUUAUUCUGAACGUUCGUAUGGGUAUACAGUGCUGGCGUAGCGCAUAUUAAUGGAGAGAGUCUUUCAACUGGCAAACAUUAGUCUCUUCGUAACAUAGAAGACACCUUGUAAGGCUCUCCGACGGUAUUCCAGUGGGCAGGCAGACUACCGGCUGUUGUAGGAUCGAAUCCAGUUAGUUCCUCAUUUUGUUGCCUUUUUUCCCCUUAAACCUAAACGGUUCUUUUUAAUUCAGAGUGUAGAAAUAUGUUGAGGUUUAACCAUUCUUGUUGAUUGGCGUUUUUUAACUUUAAAAUGAAAGAUGGAAUCUUAGUCUCCUCUCAUAGAGUAUGCACAUUGAAAGCGGAGGGAUGGGCUCUUAUGAUGUUCCUAACGCGGGAUUUACUUGGAAAAGAUACAAAAGAUGUCUCGUUGCUUCUUUAAGCCUCGUUUUUUCUUCUUCGUUUGUCGUGAUGUCGCUUGUUUACAACUAUCCAUACUUGCGUUUUUCGCGACAGUUCCUGGCAUACCGGAAGUAUCUGUACAGCAAGCCGAAGAUGGAGCUACCGUAUUGUCAUGGAAACUAAAAUGCAAAAAUGGCAUAAUAGAAAAAUACAUGGUGACGUACUUUGACGUGGAUGACACUUCUGACCAUGAAAGUUUGACAACCCCAGAGACAGAACAACGGAUUCAAAAAUUGAGUGCCGGAAAAACAUACGAGUUCCAGGUAAGUUGUUUUCUUUCUAAGAGAUCAUUGACGAACUGACAUCAUCAUCAUCAUCAGCGGCAGCAGCACCAGCACGAGCAUCAGUAUCUCUUUUUAUACAUAUUGCACCUGCCAUGCUUUGAACCGGCGACAUCUCGCUUGGCAGAUUGACGCUUAUCCAAUUGAGCCAACCGCACGGGCGGUGUUGGGUCGAACGCCGGGCCGUCUAACUGGUUAUUUAUUUCAGGCUUUGACAGCCUCUGAACUAUUUAGGGCCUGGUUACUGGCUGGGUAAGCUAUGGUGGCUAUGUUCUUUUAAAGGCACGUCAAGUCAACCAAAUGUCUCGGCGAUUUGCUUUUUUUUUAUUUUUGUAGGUGACUGCCGUCAACAACAUCGGACAAGGGCCACCUGGCGUUAAGAGAUUUACAAUCCCAAACAAUUUGUCUGGUAAUGUUAAUUGA